AUGCCUGUCCUCAAGCACAAGAGAGCCAUGGCCAACCUGCGAGGGAACCCUGCGGCCGGCCUUCUCUGGAUGCUGCUGCUAUGGAGUGGGAACCGGGGCUGUCGGGCCCAGAGGGCAGGUUGCAAAAGUGUCCACUACGAUCUGGUCUUCCUGCUGGACACCUCCUCCAGCGUGGGCAAGGAGGACUUUGAGAAGGUCCAGCAGUGGGUGGCCAACCUGGUGGACACCUUCGAAGUGGGCCCCGAGCACACCCGAGUGGGGGUCGUGCGCUACAGCGACCACCCCACCACGGCCUUCGAGCUGGGCCACUUUGACUCGAGGGAGGCGGUCAAGGCGGCCGCAGGAACCCUGGCCUACCACGGCGGCCACACCAACACAGGCGAUGCGCUGCGCUACAUCACCCGCCACAGCUUCUCCCGACAGGCUGGCGGCCGCCCCGGGGACCGCGCCUUCAAGCAGGUGGCCAUCCUCCUGACGGAUGGCCGCAGCCAGGACCUGGUGCUGGAGCCCGCGGCGGCAGCGCGCCGGGCGGGCAUCCGCAUCUUCGCGGUGGGUGUGGGGGAGGCGCUGAAGGAGGAGCUGGAGGAGAUCGCCUCGGAGCCCACGUCCGCCCACGUCUUCCACGUGUCCGACUUCGACGCCAUCGACAAGAUCCGGGGCAAGCUGAGGCGCCGCCUGUGUGAAAACGUGCUCUGCCCCAGCGUCCGUGUGGGAGGAGACCGCUUCAAGCACGCCAGUGGCGGGACCAAGGAAAUCACAGGUUUCGACCUGAUGGAUUUGUUCAGAGUGAAGGAGAUCCUGGGGAGGCGAGAGAACGGGGCGCAGAGUUCCUACGUCCGGAUGGGAUCCUUCCCCGUGGUGCAGAGGACUGAGGACGUGUUCCCUCAAGGGCUGCCUGACGAGUACGCCUUCGUUACCACCUUCCGGUUCAGGAAGUCGUCUCGGAAAGAAGACUGGUACAUCUGGCAGGUCAUCGACCAGUAUGGCAUCCCACAGGUCUCCAUCCGGCUGGACGGCGAGAACAGGGCGGUCGAGUACAACGCCGUGGGUGCCAUCGAGGAUGCCGUCAGGGUGGUGUUCCGCGGCCCCCGGGUCAGCGACCUCUUUGACCGGGACUGGCACAAGCUCGCGCUGAGCGUCCAGGCGCCGAACGUGUCCCUGUACAUCGACUGCGCGCUGGUGCAGACGCUGCCCAUCGAGGAGAGGGAGAACAUCGACAUCCAGGGCAAGGCCGUGAUCGGCAAGCGCCUCUACGACAGCGUGCCCAUCGACUUUGACCUACAGCGGAUUGUGAUUUAUUGUGACUCCCGCCACGCAGAGCUGGAGACCUGUUGCGACAUCCCCUCGGGCCCGUGCCAGGUGACCGUGCUGACAGAGCCUUCACCCCCGCCUCCAAAGCCUCCUACUUCCGGCAGUGAACAAAUCGGGUUUUUGAAGACAAUCAACUGCUCCUGUCCAGCUGGAGAAAAGGGUGACAGGGGCUCCGAUGGUCCCGUAGGACUCCCCGGCUUGAAGGGAGACGUGGGAGCCACUGGGCCCGUUGGAGCUCCUGGACCCAAGGGCGAGAAAGGGGACUCGGGCCAAGGACCUUCCUUCCAAGGAGAGAAGGGUGAAAAGGGUUCCCUGGGCCUGCCCGGCUCCCCCGGGAGAGACGGCAGCAAAGGCAUGCGGGGGGAGCCUGGAGACCCGGGAUUGCCUGGCGAGGUGGGCAUGCGGGGACCGCAAGGACCCCCUGGACUUCCCGGACCUCCUGGCCACGUUGGAGCUCCUGGCCUCCAAGGAGAACGAGGGGACAGGGGAGCCCGAGGAGAAAAGGGGGAGCGAGGCCUGGAUGGAUUCCCCGGGAAGCGCGGGGAGACUGGAGAGCAGGGGACACCUGGCCCUCCCGGCCCGGCAGGACUGCAGGGAGAGAAGGGUGACGUGGGGCCUGCAGGACCACCUGGGGUACCGGGCUCCGUGGUGCAGAGGGAGGGCCUGAAGGGCGAGCAGGGAGCUCCGGGACCACGAGGUGACCAGGGCCCACCUGGGCCUCCGGGAGCUCCGGGUCCGAUGGGUCCAGAGGGCGAGGGCGGACCUCCCGGCUUGCAAGGUCUCCGGGGGAAGAAAGGGGAAGCCGGCGCGGCUGGAGUCGCUGGGUCGCCCGGGCCGCAGGGACCACUGGGACCACCUGGCGUGCCGGGACCCCCUGGACCCAGAGGCCCCCCGGGUUUGCCUGGAGAGAUCGGCUUCCCCGGAAAGCCUGGGCCGCCCGGGCAGGCGGGCCCACCCGGGAAGGACGGGCCGUAUGGACCCCCAGGCCUGCCAGGACCCAAGGGAGAGCCAGGAGGCAGAGGGGACGACGGGCUGCCCGGGAAGCCUGGCCUUCGGGGUGACGUUGGGGAGCAGGGCCUGGCAGGCCGACCUGGAGACAAGGGGCAGGCGGGGCUCCCGGGCGCCCCAGGAUUCCCGGGCCUGCGUGGGGAGAGAGGAGAGCGGGGAGAGAAAGGUGACCUGGGCCUUCCGGGACAGAAAGGCGACCGAGGCGACAAGGGUGAAGCCGGCCCAGUGGGCCCGCCUGGAGCACCCGGAACCACGUCCCUGUUCACCCCGCACCCGAGAAUGCCAGGGGAGCAAGGUCCAAAGGGAGAGCAGGGUGACCGUGGCCUGCCCGGGGAACCGGGGUCACAGGGCCGUCCUGGAGACCUGGGGCCUCCUGGAGCCCCGGGACUGCCGGGUCCCAAGGGACAAGAAGGUGCACAGGGAGCGCCCGGCGCAGCUGGAAACCCUGGCGCUCCUGGACCUGUCGGCCCCCCCGGUGCCAGCGGUUCCCCAGGAAGUGUGGGCCUCCCUGGCGUCAGAGGCCCCCCUGGGAAAGAUGGGGAGCGCGGCGAGAAGGUAAGGAAGGGCGAAGAGGGGAGCCCAGGGCCAGCCGGCCCCAGAGGUGAUCCUGGUGCACCCGGGACCCCCGGAGCGGGGAAGGACGGAGAGCCGGGACUCCGUGGGCCACCUGGCUUACCUGGACCUCUUGGAAUCAAGGGGGACCGAGGCGCACCUGGGGUCCCUGGCUUACCUGGCACCCGCGGAGACCCGGGCACCGGGGCUGCUGGCCCUCCUGGCCCUCCGGGCCCGGCUGGACCCGCGGGAGAUAAAGGACCCCCGGGAUCGCGAGGCUUACCUGGAUUCCCCGGCCCCCAGGGACCAGCUGGCCACGAUGGGGUACCAGGCAGUCCGGGAGGAAGAGGGCCGCCCGGCAAGCCAGGCCUCUCUUCACUGCUGUCUCCGGGGGACAUAAAUCUCUUGGUGAAGGAUGUGUGCAGUGACUGUCCUCCAGGCCCCCCGGGCCUCCCUGGUCUGCCGGGUUUCAAAGGGGACAAAGGUCUCCCAGGAAAGCCAGGGAGAGAUGGCACAGAAGGGAAAAAGGGAGACGCUGGGUCCAGAGGCCUCCCCGGGCCCCCAGGAGUGGCUGGGGCACAGGGCAGCAGAGGAGAGCGUGGCGCAGGCGGCGAGGCGGGACAGAAGGGCGAGCAGGGCCAUCCCGGAGUUCCAGGUUUCAUGGGGCCCCCAGGGAGCCCUGGGCCACCUGGAGCUGAUGGAAUCGCAGGAGCAGCUGGGCCACCAGGAACCCAAGGCCCCCCGGGGAAAGAAGGUCCUCCUGGCCCCCCAGGCCCGUCUGGGUCACCCGGAACCCCAGGAGCAGAAGGCAAAGAGGGCAGAGAUGGAAAACCAGGUCCCCCCGGAGACCCGGGCAAAGCAGGAGGGCCUGGUCUGCCAGGACCAGAGGGCGCCCGAGGCCCCCCCGGCUUCAAGGGACACACGGGCGAUUCUGGCGCGCCUGGUCCCCGGGGAGAGCCUGGUGCCGUGGGGCCCCCUGGCCGGGACGGGUCACCAGGGAAAGACGGUGACGGUGGACCCACAGGGCCGCAGGGUCCCCAAGGACUGAGGGGCCUGCCGGGUAAGAACGGAUCACCUGGAUCUCCGGGCGACCCUGGGCCUCCAGGAAACCCGGGCCAGAAGGGAAACAGAGGAGAACAUGGCAGCCCGGGACCCCCUGGCUUCCUGGGUCCCCGCGGAGCUCCGGGAGAGCCAGGCGAGAAAGGAGCUCCAGGCCAGGAGGGCACCCCGGGGAAGCCUGGAGAACCAGGACCCAAAGGAGAGAGGGGAGAUCCCGGGGUCAAAGGUGACAAAGGAGCUCCUGGUGGGAAUGGCCAGCCUGGGGAUCCUGGAAUCCCAGGCCACAAAGGCCACACGGGCCUGAUGGGCCCCCAAGGCCCACCUGGGGAGAGUGGGCCAGCCGGGCCCCCGGGGCCUCCGGGCCAGCCAGGAUUUCCGGGACUGAGGGGGGAGCCUCCCUCCCUGGACACCCUGCGGCGGCUCAUCCAGGAAGAACUGGAGAAACAGCUGGAGACCAAACUCGCCUACCUCCUGGCCCAGAUGCCCCCGGCGCACAUGAAGGCAUCUCAAGGCAGACCCGGGCCCCCAGGGCCCCCCGGAAAAGAUGGGCUUCCGGGCCGGGCAGGCCCUGUUGGGGAGCCAGGACGGCCUGGGCACGGGGGUCUGGAAGGGCCCUCCGGACCAGCAGGCCCCAAAGGUGAGCGAGGAGCCAAAGGUGACCCAGGUACGCCUGGUGUUGGCCUCCGAGGCGACGUGGGCCCCCCCGGAAACCCAGGGCCACCCGGGGAACCGGGCUAUGCUAAAGACGGGCUCCCCGGGACCCCCGGCCCGCAAGGGGAGACCGGACCAGCUGGACACCCCGGGCCCUCCGGCCCGCCCGGCCCACCUGGCCAGUGCGACCCCUCCCAGUGUGCCUACUUCGCCAGCCUUGCUGCCCGCCCAGGGAACGUGAAGGGCCCCUGA